UUUUGACAUGAAUCACCGUAUUGUUCUUAUUUUCUAUUGUAUUUUUUCGACAUUUUCCAUAUCCCAAGCUGUUUUAAAAUGCUAUACAGGUUAUUCAAUUAUGAAAGGAAGCACAAUUGGUACUGAAACAAAAGAAUGUGGUAAAGAAACUGACUUUUGUUAUAAUGGAACUGCCGAUAUCUCCAGUUUCAGCAAAUUUCAAAAAGCUGGGUGUAAUACAGUUAUUUGUCAGUUUCACGCAAAUAAAUGUUUCGAGCAAAAUGUUUCUGGACAGUUGCUAACUUUUUGCUGUUGUAAUACAGAUGAUUUGUGCAAUGGUGGAGCUGUUACGGAUUCUGGAUCUCUAUUCGAUCGUGGAUUAUCAGUUCUGAAAGGACUUGUAUCUGCUGGAAAGAAAUAAGAACAACCCUUGAAACCCAUUUUAUUUACACGACACAAACACGAAUAAAUUGAUUUUCUUC